AGGCCGAAGAAUGGCCCGCGGCUGUGGAGGCGAGCGAUACUGUAGUGACUUUGCCCGCUGGUCCUUGCCCCGCGAUGGCUCUGAUGGUGAAGGUUUCAGCCUCCCAGGUGAAGACUGAUGGUAGCGGUUAUGGAGAUGCAAGGUCAUUUGCAGCCUCAGGCGGUCCGAGCUCGUUCGUCACUGGAACAGCGAGUUCCUCGUCCGCGUCUCCGGCACCUGACAAGGCGGCACCAGGUCUGCGGCGUUUCAUUGCCGAGCUCAGCAGUCAGCUGGCUGAGGAGGUGAAACGCCGGGAGCAGGAGGAAGAGGAGUUGGAGCGGCGAGCAGCUGAGAAGCGGCGCUUGUUGGAGGACUUGGACCUUGUGCGGAAGCAAAAGGAGAAGUUGGACUUUGAGCAGAGGGCAGAUGAAGCUGCAGCAGAGGAAAUCGAGCAGCAACAUAGCAAGCUGGCGGAGGAACACCAAAUGCUUCGUCAGGAAGUUGCAAAGCAGGAGACUCAACUCCAGCAGCUGCGCGAGGAGGCUAAGGCACGGACUGGUCAGGGCCGUGACUGGGCCCGCGACGGACCAGAGAAGGAUGCCUUGGUGGAGACGAAACUGCGGAUCGCUGAGGCGCACGAUGAGCUUGCCCAAUUGCGACAACAGUUGUGGCUGAACCGUGAAGGGUUGAAGCGGCAGCUGGCGGAAUUGCAGGCGGAGAACAUGCGCUUGCGGACCGGUCGUUCUCCUUUGCAGUGACAAAAAGGGUCGCGCCUGCGCGUCGCUGGAAGAACAGAGUCCAUUUGCUGCACAAGUAUCAAAGUAGAAGCAAG